GCUCUUCUGUGCUGUGGUUUUAUCACGCCGAUUUGUCGCGUGUUUUUUGCGAAGGCAAGUGGACUCGGUGAAAUCUCUGUACUGAAUUGUGCCCUUAACAAACUCAGGAUUGAAUUUUCUUUGAAGUUCAGCUGAAGCGUUCACAGGCAGCUGUCAAGAUGAGUAGUUAUCCAAAUAGCCGCAGACCUAUGAUCAAUAGCGCCUACAUUUGUUCCAUACGAGGAUUUCUUAAGAUCUUAGAGAGCAUUUUGCUGUUGGCCUCCUUCAUAUUCGGUCAGCUUUAUGAAUCAUUUUACAGUCCCCCUCACCUACCCUACUUCUUCGUGGCUGUAUUUGUGGGAAUGAUACUUCUCCUUCUGCUGUAUACCUUCUUUCUGUUCUCGUUGGAGAAGCGGUUUGAGACCUUCAACUGGUAUCUUAUGGACGUAAUCUUUUGUGGCUUUUUAGCCGUGAUGCUCACAGCAAGUGCUGGACUCCUGGCUAAAGAGGCAGACUUCAGGGAGAGACACGGAAAUGAUUUUUCUGGUUGGCUCUACGAUCGUCUCGUGGCUGCAGUGGUUCUGGCGUUUGUUGUCGUGCUGUUACUCAUCAUCGAUAUCAUCGUCAGUUUGUUUCAGUAUCGCCGCUUAAGACAAAUGGGACAACGCUAGGGACUAAUCGGUGAAUAUGACUCCACGAUGAUCUCUUUCAUUGAGUAACCAAUGACGUUGUCACGCGGGUUUUGUAGUUAGGUUUAAUUCAUGGAACGUCGCCUUGAAAGAGUUACGUGACAGCCCAAAAGCUGACUCCGAGGAGUACGUCGGCCCUUUGUGUUUGAAUGUGCUUCAUCAGGUUUUUUGUGCUUUUAUAAUUAUCUUUGUACAUAAAAAAGUUAGUUGAUA